UGUCAGCUGAGUAAAUAUGUGUAAUUUUCCAAGCAUUGAGAACUCCUAAUGAAAAAUUUAAAUUAGAUUCUCAUGCAAAGAUUUGUCUUCUAUAGAAAUUUGGGUGUGCUUUAAUUUGUUUUUUAAAAACAUCAGUUAUGGGUUGGUAAUUUCCUGUCUCUGGUGGUGGUGUCUCCCGUUAUUAUCGCUGGGCAUUACAUGAAGAUCAUUAGAAUCUUCAGGUGGAUAGUGCUUUGUUUUCUAAACUAUAUGUUACUGUCUCUUUUUGUUUACCUUAUAGUACAACAUGCUGGACUUCGUGUUUGCUGUGGAUGACUCUGUGUCUUGGCAUAUGAUGAACCUUUUAAAGAAUAGGAGUCAUUAUUCCUUCUUAAAACUUUUUGGGCCCAAGCAAAUCAGUACUAUACAGAGUUGCGGAGCAGGGAUUUAUUACAAUACUUUAGUGCGAUGUAAUGGUCGGAUGAUAAAAUAUGGUGUAAUUGGCACUGAUGCCCUGAUUGAAGAUCUGCUUCACUGGAAAACUCUCUAUGUUGCUGGACGUCUGCAAAAGCCGGUGAAAAUUUUGACACAGAAUGAAAAUGGCAAGCUGCAAGCUGCUCUGGUUAGCAAUCUGAAGAGUGCAGUCACAGCAGCCUUUCUCAUGUUGCCAGAAAGUUUCUCUGAAGAAGACCUCUAUAUGCAAAUUGCAGGACUCUCCUACUCUGGUGAUUUCAGAAUGAUAAUUGGAGAAGAUAGGUCAAAGGUGCUAAAUAUAGUGAAACCAAAUGUACCCCAUUUUCAGAAGCUCUACAGUAACAUAUUACAGGAGUGCCCUCAAGUGGUGUAUAAGCACCAGCUGGGCAGGCUAGAGAUUGAUAAAAGUCCAGAAGGUCAAUUCAUGCAGCUUAUGGCUUUGCCGAGGACUCUUCAACAAAAGAUCACUUCUUUUGUGGACCCUCCUGGGAAGAACAGAGAUGUGGAAGAGGUUUUACUGCAAGUAGCCCAUGACCCUGACUGUGGAUUAGUAGUAUAUCAGGGCAUUUCAGGAAUUGUGAGAUCUUCCAGUCUAAUACAGAGUUCUAAAACCAUACUAACAGCUGGGUUGAAGAAAUCAGUGACUUACAGUAUGAAGAAAAUGUAUAAAAUGACAAAAGGAUGGCUAAGGAAGACUUCCUGAUAUUCAAGUUGUGUAUAUAAUAUUUAUAGAUAAAUAAAGAGACCUCUUUUUCUCUGCAAAUUUUGUACCAUUAGUAUCUGUUGCGUUACCAAUCUACAUUAACUGUGGAUAGGUAGCAACAAUUAUACAGUAUUAUGUAUCUGCACAUACUUGCUCACAUGGGGAAUGGACCUCAUUUGAUUUAGAAAAUUUGUUAUAAGGCUGAGGGAAUUGUUUUGCAAAUAUACUUAAGAUUUUCCUGUGUAUAUAUUAGAGAUUUGACAUUUUCCAAAAAUGUUUGUUUGCACAUCUGAAUGCCCUCCCUCCCCUGCAAAUCCUAUAUGUUUGAUAGUUUUUCUUUCCAAAAUAGUCUAGAUUCUUUCCUCUGUUCUCAUCUCCUGUCCCUUCUCAGGAGUUUAUGGAAUUGUGGGGUCCAUUUGAGUUUUAAGUAGAUAUUAAAACUUUCCUCUUAAAACGCUUUACUUUUUACAUUAAAUCAAUUUACAUCACA